AAGAUGAAGCGAGGACUUGCUUGUUGCACCCGGGACAGGGAGAUUAGCGUCGACUUUGAUGAGCAUGAGAGAAUAAUGACAUACAAUGGCCUUGAAAAUUGCAUUCUGAAUGUUCGAUCUUUUGAGAAUGAGAGCAGAACAAGUAGAGGAGAUGAGUUUGCAACUGACUCAAUGGAUGAUGAUGCUUCUACCUGUUCUUCUGGCAAAGAUGCUUUUGGCUCAUUUUCUUCAAAAUGGUUGACAGUGAAUAAGGAUGACCAUGGUCUGGAUCAAUGGGAUCACUUAGACAGUCCCAAGAAAAUCUAUGUCAAAGAAAAACCUUCCUAUGCACUUCAGUAUGCCAAUGUGGAGGCAAUGAAAGAAAAAUUUGCAAAGCUGCUAUUGGGUGAUGAUAUUACAGGAGGGCACAAGGGCCUCAGCACUGCUUUAGCAUUGUCAAAUGCCAUCACAAAUCUAGCAGCAACGGUUUUUGGAGAGUUGUGGAAACUGGAACCACUAUCUGAAGAGAGGAAAACCAAAUGGCGAAGAGAAAUGGACUGGUUUCUCUCCCCUACCAACUAUAUGGUUGAGCUGGUUCCUGCCAGGCAAAAUGGUGCUAAUGGCCGGACAUUAGAGAUUAUGACUCCGAAAGCACGUGCGGACAUACACAUCAAUCUUCCAGCACUUAAGAAGUUGGACUCCAUGCUCAUUUUGACACUUGAUUCAAUGGUAGAUACUGAGUUUGGGUAUGUAGAAGUAGGUAGCAGGGCAGAAGGACGGAACAGAACACCAGGGCAGAGUAAGAGAUGGUGGCUCCCAUCACCCCAGGUACCAGCUACUGGGCUGUCUGAUAAAGCAAAGAAUAAUUUACUUAAACAGGGUAGGGUGGUACAUCAGGUAUUCAAGGCUGCCAGAACCAUCAAUGAAAGUGUUCUUCUGGAAAUGCCUGUGCCAACCAUCAUCAGGGAUGCACUUCCCAAGUCAGGAAAAGCAAGCCUUGGCGAGGAACUGUACAAGAUCUUGACUGCAGAAUCAAGUUCAGCUGAGGAAGUGCUCAAUUCUCUCAAUCUAAAAUCCGAACACUAUGCCCUCGAUGUUAUCAACAGGUUGGAAGCUGCUGUAUUUUCGUGGAAAGAAAGAAUUACAGAACAGGAAAGUGGUAAAUCCCCUGUUCGAGCAUCAUGGUCCUUCAUUAAGGACCCAAUGUCUGAGAUUAAUAAGAUGGAGUCCCUAUUGGAUCGAGCAGAAAGACUGUUACAGCAGCUCAAGAACAGAUACCACAACCUUCCUCAAACUUUUCUUGAUGCCACAAAAAUUCAAUAUGGCAAGGAUAUUGGGCAUUCAAUCUUGGAAGCAUAUUCUCGAGUCCUUGGAAAUUUGGCUUUCAGCAUACUGUCUAGAAUAGGGGAUAUACUGCAUGAAGAUGCUCUGAACACUCCCAAUUCACUUACAGCACCAUCUUACUUCCCAGGGAUUAGUUUUACUAAUAACUUAGAAAGUUCAGUGCUUGGACAAAACAUAAGAAAUUCAUCCUUUGAUCGAAGCAGUGGAGAUCACCGUAACUCUGGCUCCACUUCAUGUAGUGUUGAUUUAGAGUUUUCAUACAGUGUGACUAAAGGAAGCCCUUUAACAGCAACACCAAGUCGCGCUAGGGCUUGGUGCAUUGGUAGGGAGGCUUGUAUCAGUGUUUCCCCUACAAAUUCCCCUUGAUGACAAUUUUUGUCUGAAGGAACUCUUAUUGUAAAUGAGGAUCAUAUAUUUAAUGCUAUACAUAUUAAGUUCA